UGCCCCAGCGUCUCGACGUGUCACCGGCCGCGCCGCAGCUGUGGCAAGAGGAGCCGACUGGGGGAGUUCGAGGCGGCAGGCGGCGAAGGCGACCCUGGACAGGACCUGCCUCGGCGCGGAAGCGUUCCCGGGUCCGUGGGGAGCGGGAGAGGGAGGCGGCGGCCCGGCCCGCGCAGGGCACAAUGUUGAACAUGUGGAAGGUGCGGGAGCUGGUGGAUAAAGCCACCAAUGUGGUUAUGAAUUAUUCAGAGAUUGAGUCUAAGGUUCGAGAAGCAACAAAUGAUGAUCCUUGGGGACCUUCUGGGCAACUCAUGGGAGAGAUUGCCAAGGCUACAUUUAUGUAUGAACAAUUCCCAGAACUUAUGAACAUGCUUUGGUCACGAAUGUUAAAAGACAACAAAAAAAACUGGAGAAGAGUUUAUAAGUCAUUGCUGCUUCUAGCUUACCUCAUAAGGAAUGGAUCAGAGCGUGUUGUUACAAGUGCCAGAGAACACAUUUAUGAUUUGCGAUCCCUGGAAAAUUACCACUUUGUAGAUGAGCAUGGCAAAGAUCAAGGUAUAAAUAUUCGCCAGAAAGUGAAAGAAUUGGUUGAGUUUGCCCAGGAUGACGACAGGCUUCGUGAAGAGCGAAAGAAAGCAAAGAAGAACAAAGACAAAUAUGUUGGGGUUUCCUCAGACAGUGUUGGAGGAUUCAGAUAUAGUGAAAGAUAUGAUCCUGAGCCCAAAUCAAAAUGGGAUGAGGAGUGGGAUAAAAACAAGAGUGCUUUUCCAUUCAGUGAUAAAUUAGGUGAACUGAGUGAUAAAAUUGGAAGCACAAUUGAUGACACCAUCAGCAAGUUCCGGAGGAAAGACAGAGAAGACUCUCCAGAAAGAUGCAGUGACAGUGAUGAGGAAAAGAAAGCAAGAAGAGGCAGAUCUCCCAAAGGUGAAUUCAAAGAUGAAGAGGAGACUGUGACGACAAAGCAUAUCCAUAUCACACAGGCCACAGAGACCACCACAACUAGACACAAGCGCACAGCAAAUCCUUCCAAAACGAUUGAUCUUGGAGCAGCAGCACAUUACACAGGGGACAAAGCAAGUCCAGAUCAGAAUGCUUCAACUCAUACACCUCAGUCUUCAGUGAAGACUUCAGUGCCCAGCAGCAAGUCAUCUGGUGACCUUGUUGAUCUGUUUGAUGGCACCAGCCAAUCAGCAGGAGGAUCAGCUGAUUUAUUUGGAGGAUUUGCUGACUUUGGCUCAGCUGCUGCAUCAUCAGGCAAUUUCCCUUCCCAAGUAACAGCAACAAGUGGGAAUGGAGACUUUGGUGACUGGAGUGCCUUCAACCAAGCCCCAUCAGGCCCUGUUGCUUCCAGCGGGGAGCUCUUCAGCAGCGCCUCGCAGCCAGCUGUAGAACUUGUCAGCGGCUCGCAACUAGCUUUAGGCCCACCUCCAGCUGCCUCAAAUUCUUCAGACCUGUUUGAUCUUAUGGGCUCAUCCCAGGCAACCAUGACGUCUUCCCAGAGUAUGAAUUUCUCUAUGAUGAGCACUAAUACUGUAGGGCUGGGUUUGCCCAUGUCUAGAUCACAGCCUUUGCAAAAUGUUAGCACAGUGCUGCAGAAGCCUAAUCCUCUCUAUAAUCAGAAUACAGAUAUGGUCCAGAAGUCAGUCAGCAAAACCCUGCCCUCAACUUGGUCUGACCCCAGUGUAAACAUCAGCCUAGACAACUUACUACCUGGUAUGCAGCCUUCCAAACCCCAGCAGCCAUCGCUCAAUACAAUGAUUCAACAACAGAAUAUGCAACAACCUUUGAAUGUGAUGACCCAAAGUUUUGGAGCUGUGAACCUCAGUUCGCCAUCGAACAUGCUUCCUGUCCGGCCCCAAACUAACCCUUUGAUGGGAGGACCCGUGCCUGUGAGCAUGCCCAGUGUCCUGACUGGCGCCAUAGGGAUGGCCCCUCUUGGAAGUACUCCGAUGAUGAACCAGAGCAUGAUGGGCAUGAACAUGAACAUAGGGAUGUCAGCUUCUGGGAUGGGCCUGCCAGGCACAAUGGGAAUGGGCAUGCCCAACUUAGCCAUGACUUCUGGAACUGUGCAACCUAAGCAAGAUGCCUUUGCAAAUUUUGCCAACUUUAGCAAAUAAGAGAUUGUAAAGGAGCAGAUUGAAUGAAGGAUUUUUAAUGGUGCAAAUAGGUGAUGUUGGGAUGGAAAAUGCUAAUCAACUCCCCUUUCUUUUAUCAAUUAAUUAAAAUAAACCUGUAUAAAGAACAAAAGGCUGUUUUGAGUGAAAUAUCUAGGAUCUCAGAUGGCCGGGCCAGGGCUCUUCAAAUGAAGCGGUCAAUCAUUUUUCCCAGUGAGGAUUGACCACAAAUGGAGUGAGACCAUCAGAAGAAGCUUUUAUAAAUGGAAGAACCCAUUUUAAUGUCAUAAUUUGUGGGGAGACUGGAAAAUAGGGCUGAAUAAAUGUAUUUGAAUCUCUAAUUUUAUACUUUCUUUUCCUGAGGAACUUGAUUUUCUGUCCCUGAAUCGCCUUGUCAUAAUUGGGUCUGUUCCUUUUACUACCACUCUUUGAGUCCAUAUAUGAAAUCAUUAAAGUUGGAUGAUCAGUUUUUUAUAAAAAUAUAUAUUUUUGUCCAAAAAAGGCAUACAUAUGUGAUUAUGGCUAAAUCAAAGGUAACUGGAAUGUAUAUACUUUUGCUAAUGUUCCAGCAGUACUGCUAUAAUACUAUCCAACUUUUUAUUGUAACAAAACUUCUUUAAGCAAUUGGUGACAGCUAUGGGUCUUUUCCCACAUCUUCUGUUAUAAUGAUCCUGUACAAACCUGGCAAAAUACUUUUUUCAGGACUGCUCUUUGGUUUCCUUUAAAAGAAAAAAAAAGCCUCCAGUAUUUUUGUUUUUAGCAGUCUUUUAUUUACAAUUUGCAGUGAUUAACUUAGCAAGGCUUCCUUCUGUGUUUAUCCCUGUAGCCACCAUUUAACAGGAACAGUCAAAAGAGAAAAAUAUUUAUUUAUUUUUUUUUGGUGUCUUUUCAAAAAAUUGAAAAGGUAAAAAGACCAUGUUAGAACUCCACAAUGUUGGCUUUUAGAUUUUAUACAGUAUUUGUUUGGUUUUGGUUUUGAGUGUACAUAGUAUGGCAUUAGCAAUAUGGUUCCAAUAGAGGAGUUAAAUAUAUAUUAUUAAAGGAGACCUGUAGCAGUCAAAUACUAUAUUGAUUUAAUGGCAAAUAAAGGAAAUUAAUUAAGAUGUUUUGGUUUUCCUGCUGUAAUUCUGCAUUAAGAUCACAAUGAAAAUCAUGAUUCUAGAGUUUGGAUUGCAAAAUUGUUUCACCCUCCAGCUGGGAAUAUUUUUUUAAAUAAUAUAGGUACCAAAUUAUUACUUUCCCACUUUGUGUUGCAGUUUUUUUUUUAUUAAAUUGAUAAAACUUUGUUUCCAUUGUAUUCAUAAUCUGUUAUACAUAACAUUAAAAUGUUCAUUAAAAUCUAUGUUGAACUGCU